AUGGCGAAUUCGUUAGCCCGCCGGCCGUCUACGAACGGUUCCUCCCAUGAUAGAGGCACCUCCUUCACAUCGAUCCCGACUUCGUCUAUAUCACCGCACCAGAGUGUUGGAAUUGGGCCCAGAAAGAACCGCUCGCAGACGUCACUCAGCCAUAAAUCCAUCAACAGCUCUGGAGAAUCGUCACAGCGGCGGUCUGUACAUUCCUAUGGCAGCUUUCAAGCCCAGAAGCGGAGGUACAAGUCUCAGUACCCCGCCGACUCUCCUGAGCCGCAUGUCGAAUAUAUCCUUGUGGCGUCUUUCGAUGUGGACCGAGGACCAAUAAUGGAGCACCAAUAUCCUAGCGCCAUUAGCGGUGAUGAAAGCAUGUUGGCGGAGCUGAUGUUGCCGGAUCAAACCCACGUACGCAGUCAGGACUGGACAAUUUUCUUUUUGCAUAAGGACAGCGGUGGGCCAGAGGAGGACGCCGAGUUUGCGGAAGAUAAGGAAGGAGAUGACGAACAGGGCGAAGAUAAGCUGCAAAAUGGAGAGUCUCAUGAGUAUGCAGAAGAUGACGAAGUCGAGGAUGGAGGGAUGGACGAUGAGCCACCCCUGAUGUAUGUCCUGAAUCUUGUAAACACAAAACAGGACACAUCGGUUAAACGUGGUGCUAUGGUCAAAGCAAUGGCAAUAUGCACGAGACAUUCGUUCCUUCACAUAUAUAAACCGUUACUCCUCCUUGCUCUAGAGGACUAUUUCAAACACCCUUUCCCCGAAACGCUGGCCACCCUAUACGAUUCUCUCAAUGCCAUGGACCUCUCGCUAAUGCCGUGCCUCUCAUAUCUUGAACGACAUAUACUCCAGGCAACCGAAACGAAGGACCUGUUUGUAGAGAAGUUCGAAUGGAUGAUCAAACAGCGACUAGCCGACGAGCGUGCAGAACUUGAACGUCAAGGUAUUGACCCUCAAAAGGCCGGACCUCCAUCACGGUACACUGUACCCCGCGAUACUCAUGAGUUCGAAUCCAAAAUCGUUUAUAAUGACAUUGCCAUUCCGGUUAAAGUCCCCAGUGCAAUUUCUCCGGAAACCGUGGGUGAUUUUUCCCUGGUCAAAUUAAUACAAACAUUUGCUGGUCCCCAUGCAACUUCCCCACAGCCAUUCGUUUUACACCCUCAUCUCACCAGCAGCGGUCAAUUCACUCAUCCCAUCAUUGUGCUGGUGAAUGCUUUACUUACCCAAAAACGGGUUAUAUUUUUGGGGCAUAAUCGGCCGUCUGGAGAGGUUGCAGAGGCUGUCCUUGCAACAUGUGCACUGGCCUCAGGCGGUACACUGCGAGGUUUCACUCGACAUGCCUUUCCAUAUACUGACUUGACGAAGAUUGACGAACUCAUCAAAGUACCCGGCUUCGUAGCUGGCGUAACCAACCCGACGUUCGCAAAUCAUCAUGAAUGGUGGGAUCUUCUCUGUGACCUUCCCAGCGGACGAAUGAAAAUCAGCAACCGCGUUGAGGCAGCCCCCGUAACAGAGGGAAUGCAAUAUUUCCAACCACAGAACCAGAAUUCCUCGUCUUCUCUACUUAGUAGCUCGUCGACCCCUCCAGACCUGACUGGCGAUGUACAGUUUAUGGAUGAUAUCCUCAAGAGCAUCGCUUCUAGGCACAGUGAAGGCGUCAUUCGAGCAAAAUGGCGUGCAUAUAUCAAUAAAUUCACCAGGAUAUCCGCUACCUUUGAGGAAAUUGUUUACGGUGCGACCGCGCUUGAUAUCGUGGGGCCGGAUGAGCCUGCUCCAGACUCGUCUCCCAUACGUGAACGGCCAGGAGACACCACACUACGUGGACAUGGAUAUGUCUGGGUCGACGAGGCCACUAAACAGCGUGAACUUGCCGCGUGGGUGCCGCGGAUCGAAGGAUGGAGAAAUACCCGAUCAUACUAUUACUUUAUCCAAGAUAGUGCAGCAUUGCAUCUUGCAGGGAAACCAUUAAAGGGGCUUGACGUCCAACAUCAUCAUGACCGGCUUCGCACACUAAAGUUGAGCGAGGCAGAGGCUAAAGCAGUGUACCUCGCCUUCUCAAAGUCCAUAAAAGAUUACAACUCCAUCUGUCAGCUUCUUUCUGUCAUCCCUGAAACCCAGGCAGGCUUGUUCUAUCUAUCCAUGGGCCUAUUCCAUAACGACCCGACCGUCCGCGAUGCCACAGUCGAACUUCUUGACCGGAUAUCUGCGCACGAAGCCGGUCGACACUUCUGGGCUCAGCUCAGCAGGUUUGCGAGACUGGCUUAUUUCAGAAAUAAGCGUGAUAAGGACAAGGAUGCCACAAGUCCCCUUUCUCCAUUUGAGGAAACCGCAUCACACAGCCUUGUCGGGGUAGCAGUUAGCCAUACCUCGACCGGGACUAAAAAAGGAGGCCGUCGGAGCUGA